CGGUGCGGUCGAGAUAUGGAAGUCUGAGGAUUGUUUCCGCCAGCGCCAUGGUAUCAUGAAAGUGAUUUACAAGGCAUGCAUCUAACCCCUCAUAGUCUUUCCUCUUUGUUGAAUAAAAUUAAAGCAACAGUUUGAAAUUGGAAUGUCUUGGAUCAACACAACUUUUGAUGAGAACUCACCUGACUUGGGUUCUUCCAUGGAUGAUUCCUCCAUCUUCAGCCAAAGCAUCAAUGCCAGCUUAGCUUGCCGAUCUUCACUUCCUAUAAACUCACAGCCGCUGUUUGGCCCUCCAAUGUCAUCAACAAAAGACUUGUUGAGCCCAGCUGGUAAUGGUGCAGCCAUUGCAUCGCGAUGUUCUUCAGUUCUAGACUUAACUCAUCAUCAGAUGGCUGGUUCUUUGCUUGGUUCACCAUCUUCCUCUGACAUUGCAGUACAUAACGGCUCCUCGCAUUCUUUGACAAGCUCGUCAGCUUUAUUUCCUCUGGCAUUUCUGGAAAGAGGACCUAAUCAGCCCACCAAAAGCAGUUCCUCGGUGCUCUUGGCGCCCUCCGAUGUUGGUCCCCUCUCGGAUGAAGAAGAUCCUGACUUAGUCACCACCUCUUGCCCCAUCCCUGACCUCGACAACAUGACUGCUAAUGAGCUUUGUGAGGAUAUUGCCUACACGCAUCAUUCCCUUGGACUCAUGGCCAAUACGCCAGGGCACCUGAAUGGCCUGGAUGAACCUCCUCAGUUGGUGUCUCCUCCCCAAAGUGUAACCCACAGCCUCGGGGAUUCUUCCUCCAACUUCCCCUCUCCACCAGAAGUUCCUGUUGCCUCUACAGCAGUUUCCUUGCAGGCCUCUGCUUCAUCACCCGUUUCUUCUAUUGUCACGAUCACUGCAUCUUCUCAUUAUGACUCGCACAAACUAUUUCAAACUCAAAACAAAUCUGAUCACAUUUCUCAGCCCCGAAUAGCUCCGUCAGUUGCUGAUGACUCAUUGAACACUUCUAUAAUUUCAUCAUCGUCUAAUUUAUUUCCAUCCAGCAAUAUGCUAAAUCAAAGUUCUGAAGCAACGCCAGAAACCCCUGCGAUAACUUUUCUGUCAGAUGGUAAUCAAUCUUUAAGGUUGUCAUUGUCUCCUUCACAAAUAACAAGCUUUGUUUCUGAAGAGAGUCCGCUUCCUAAUACAAGCCAAAUGAAUCAUAGUUCAUCUCUGUUUAACAAUUCAAAAUACGAUUCCCUGAACAUUUCAGCUAGCCUCAGUCUUACGGAGCCAGAUACCACUGCGUUACUUCCAGUCAAGGACACAGUUUCAGAAUCUGAUGACAAUACUGCAUCAAAAGUGAACAAGUCCUCAAGCUCAGGUAGUUCGUCCAAUACAGCCCACGUAACCACCGCACCUACCCAUGAUGGUGGUGGUGGUGAUGGCAAUGCUGGUGAUGAUGGUGGCAGUGGAGAUGGUGGUGGCAAAGGUAAAGAAGUUGCUCCUGAAGACAAAGAAGAGGAUACCACCAGUCACGAGGCAUCGAGUUCAAGCAACUCUAGUCAAGAAUCCACUUCUCGCCAUUCAAGAAAUGCAGCCAAUGUUCCUUCGCCAGCUGCUGACGGCGACAUCGCGGCGUCUGCUCCCAGAACUUCUAUUACUGUUCCUCGUACCUCACUCGUCAAAUCAGACUCUGGGGAUAGUCAGAACUCUAACUUAUCUCCACCAGUCGUGGCACCGCAGUCAACUCACAUCUCGGAUCUUACAAGUGAUACUGCUACCGAAAUUCCAGUUACAUCUGUCAUUAUUACUUCACAUGACUGCACAUCUUUUGACUCGUCUAUUUUGGCGGCUGCAACAUCUUCAACAGCAAAAACUCAUUCCAUGGAUAUUACGGCAGUUGCGUCUAUCAGUACACCAUCUCACUCUGAACAAUACCCGUCAGUGACGCAUCCUAUCUCUAUAGGAUCUGCAAGCAAGCCAACAUUGCCGGUACGUACCAUGGUUACCAAAGCUGCAGUCAAGGCAACUGUGCCUCUGCCAUCACAACUCGCAUGCAUGGUCCCGGCCUCUAAACAACGCUGUGCACCGCAGGCCACAUCUUCAUUAACGACCAAUAUUUCACUGUCAUCUCCAAAGAUGUCUAAACAGCUCUCACAUGAGUCGCAAGACCUCUUUGACAGCGAAGACCUCGCGCAGGAGGCUGCUGAUUCACUAGAUGAUGAUGAUGAUGAUGAUGUGGUGGAAGCAUCUCCUACUGAAUUGCAAGCUCGGUCUUCCAGACCCUUGUCUACAAACUCGCCGCUGAGUGCUGAGGGUCACUGGAGGAAAUCUUCUCGAGUUUUCAACAUUAGCUCCAAUUCCUCAUCUUCCUCUGUUGAUCCUGACAGCAACUCUUCCAGUGAUGCCAAAGUUCUUGUUGAUUAUCACAAGUUGAAGAAAAACAAGGAUUUUGAAAUAAGCCCCACAAUAGAACGCCGUCGGAAAGGCAUCAGUGAAGCAUACAUGGAAUCGACUGCAAAUCGAAAGAUUUCAUUUCCCCCUGAUUUGCCGAGCUCCAGCUCCCAGCACACAACAGCUGUUGGAAGACCAAGUCCAGCACCAGCGCCGACAGGCAACACAGAAGCCGACUGCACUGUGCCACAGUCAUUGGAUCAAAGCCUUGAGGUCAUCUACGACGCAAAACGCGACUCUGUUUAUCGUCUUCCGCCCUUAGCCGAUGAUGGAGCUACGAGUUCGGUCGUAGAAUCUCAAGACUUGCAAUUGUUGUUGCCAACAGAUUCGCAAUCACAAGCAUCUUCUGUACUACCCUCUGGUAGUACAGAAGCAUUUUGCACAUCUGCUGGAGGUGUCGCUUCAAGUUGCGUGGUCCGUAAUGCCAGCUCUGAGGAACUCUCUCAUCUCCCUAGUGCGCAGAAGUCGAUGUGCCGCAACACGCUCAGCAGCAGCAGCGGCAGUUGUUUAGUGCAAGAUUCUCAAGUGCCAGUGGGUACAAUUAAUCCCACUCAGCUGGAGUUGCUACUCUCGGAAUCAGAGCGCCCCAGGCUCUCUCAGUCGCCCGAGGUUGGCUUGCUUCUUUCAAAUCCUAUUCAACAGGAGUUAAAAUCUAAUUCAACAGGAGUCGAGUCCAUGUCAACUUCACUAACAAGCUCAAAAGACCAGCGAUCAACAAAAAAUAAAGACUUUUCUGUUACUGAAAGCAGCAUUUUGAGCUACAAUAAGAAAGUGAAUUUUUCUGCUGAAAUUCAUGAUUCGUCACUUGGAGAGGAAAGUCAAUCCAAUAUUCAUCCCAGUAUUGAAAUUAUAGAAACAGUGACACCAAAGUUCAAGUCUCCUGCCAGGUCCAAAAACCAGUGCCAUCAGUCAUUGCUUUUAGACAGCGCACCUUCGCAACCUUCCAGUUCAGAUUCGUCAUCCUCGUCUUCACAUUCUAAUGGUACGCUUGACCCAUCCGAGACUCCUGAGAUAGGCGUUGAAGCGCGCAGCUCAGCAAGAGCUUCUAGUCCAUCCAACUCUUUGCCUGAAACAGACUCAUCGCCCGAAGAGAGGAUAAAGUUACCAGAAAUAAGCUCAUAUAAUUCAGAGACUUUAUCUACUUUCCAGUGUAGUGGCAGUAUAAUUGCGAAGGCAACGCAAGCUGCUAAACAGAGCGUUAUUGAAGCUGAACAAAAGUCAAAGGAAGAUCGACUUGCACAUUCCCCUAGGAAAAGAGUUUGUCUAGAGCAGGCUUCAAGCUCGAUGAGCCUUGAUCUUUCUCCGUAUGUUCCUGUAAGUGAAACCCCAACGAACAAGUCGUAUAAUCAAGAAGGUAUAAUCCUGAAAUCUUUACAAAAAGACAAUCCAACCAAAUCUUCAUCUUCUGAUUCAUCAGGCCUGAUUGAGUCCAUUUCAGGCAGAGACGUUAGAAGAACUUCAACUCCUAACCAAUCACGGAUUAUCGCGGGAAUCAGUCCAAGCAUAUCAGAGGAAGGUGGAAGCUACAUAGAGAAAGAUCUGCCAGUCAAUUCUUCUGUAGAAGAGAUAGGGAAGUCUGGUGAAGGAGCAGUUGCUGUAGAAUCAGCAGAGGAGGGCUUGGGGCGAACUAUUUCCUCCAAGUCAACAGUGGAACUACUACAUGAAGAUGUAUCCAAAACCGAUUCUUUCAAGUCCAUCGAGGAGUUGCGUUCUAAUGAUUUUAUAUUAGAAGAAGUGCUGGAGUUGAAAGUCUGGCGUAAUCGUUGUGACAACAGUUUAUUUUAUACAAGCGAAAAUGGCAAUGAAGAGCUCUUUUCCAGAACCUUGCCCUUCAGACCAAAACUCGCUAAAAGCAGCAGCAGCAGUAGCAGCGAUAAACGAAUGUCUGACGUGUCAACUAUCACGUCAUCGUCAUCAGGAUACCACGCCGAUAAAAGUUCUAGUUCGUCUACUGGUUCUCGUCGCAUGUCAUCUCUAACGCAGGCUGACAGCGUUCUGCCCAGAAGUCGGUUGUCGGUCGAGAGCGUUCAGAUCGUUCCUUAUGAGAAUGAACCACCCUUUGCUUUGCCAUCUUCCAGGCCAUUGAAGAGCAAGUCUCCUCGCGUUCCUGCUCUGAUAGCUGAAGAAACGAGCAGCAGUGACGAGCGGGACACGGCGGUGACACAGCGAACUUUGGGCUACGGCCAUUUUAAAGCUGGCAAAAGUAGCAAGUUGCCGAUAAUUCGAGUCAAGUCUACGAUUCCUGAACACCCGGAAGGGAUUAUUGAGACUGAUCACUCUAUUACCGAAGUUGUGGACUUAACUGGCAGUGACCCUCCAGCUCGAAGAGAAGAACGCCAAGUGAUAGAAAAGCCCACGGAAUUGAAAUCUUUGUCAAAAACCGGAAUUGUCAAUAAGGGUCUUCAUUACGAUCUAGAUAAGUUUUUCGGCGACUUACCAGAUUCUGCUGUUGAUGUUUUGAGGUCCGUGCAAAUGUCCGAGGAAGAAGAGGAAAUUUUUGUUGGUGGUUGCGACAACCAAAUCAGUAUGCUUGAUAGACACGAAGAACAAGCGCGUAUGGUCAUCAGCAAGAUGAUAGCGGUCACUCUUGCGCCAAAUAUUUUAGUAUUUGCUAAGUAUCAUGACCAUUACUACUCCGCUAUUAUCGAGUCGGAACAUCCUUCAGGAGGUUGGAAUAUUAGGUUCACCUUGGAUGGCUUCCAAAAACACUGUCCUAUUGAGCAUAUUCUCCCCAUCGAUAUUCUACCUCGCGGACAGCACUGCUUCAGGCGCUAUCAAGGCCCAAGUAACAGCAAGUCAAUUGUGAGUGUUGAUGUGAUAAUUACAGGGCACACUGUUCAGGACAACAUUGUGCUCCAUAUCGCUGAGGACGCCCAGCAAGCUUUCCAAGUACCACACUCUCAUCUGUCCAUGAAUGUUAGCGACGCUGAACGUUUCGUCAACGCGUGGAAGGUAACGCAAAGCAUCGUGUCAACAGGACCUGACGUUUCCCUCAAUAACAUCGUCUGUGGCAAGCGACGUCGAGCACCAGCACCCGGGUCUCCAGGGUCACUGAAAUCCGAAACGACAUCCGGUGCUUCCUACUCGCCUGCCAAAGCACGCUCCGUCCGCAAAAAACGCAAGCAAAAUUCUGAUCCUAAUUUCGACACUAGUCUCACGGAGACCGACGCAACGUUACCCGGAGGUGACGAUAGGGCGGACGUGACUGACGUAGAUGCUUCAGACGACAGCAAACGACCAGCAAAGCGCAGAUCUUUAGAUGAGCAUGAGCAAGCUACCAGUGCUGCAACUCCGGCCAGAGAAGCCACUCCUGUUCGGUCGAAAAUGCAUCCGCGGAUCAGAGAAAUUCUCUCGGAAGAUAUCAGUGAAGAUGAUCCGUCUGAUGAUGAACCUUACACUGUGACUCCUAAAUCUUCUAGAAAGAAGUCAGUGCCCAAAAAAUUAUCUCUCAGUUCUCCGAAAAAGAAAUCUAGGACUGUGAAAAGAUUGAUGGUAUCACUUACAGUUGAUCCGAGUUUACAGUCUACGAUAGACGACCAAUCUGGUGCAGAAGUCGCUCCAGAAGUAUUGGAGAGACUUGCAUCUGAUGGCGAGCCGGAAGAAGCGAGUCUUGCGGAACCAGAUCAUCCUCUCAAACGUGGCAGGAAAUGCAAGAGGAAAGGAACCAGUCCCUCUCUGGACCCCGCUCCUGAUCGCGACUCAAACCCGGCCUCGACAGCUCCAUUACAACUCCAGGCUCAGACGCCUCGCAAGCGUGGCCGUCCGCCUGGCGUCGCUGGAAGCGAUUCAAGGACUCCUAGUAAACAAGCCAAACUGGAGACGACAUCCACACCACAGCGUAAAGACGAAGACGAUUCUCAUUCCAAAGGCCCCGCAAAACCGGAAAAUGUAACCAAGUUCGCGAGACGAGGCAGAACUCGGUCGUGCAGUUCUGACACUGCCGACGAAGCAGAGGUUUUAACCGCUGCUUCAUCCUCACGAGCUGUUGAGUCCAUCAGAUCUAGUGCUCGGUCUCCUGUAGCAGCUACAGCCGUCGGCCCUGCAGGUGACCGCACUGCCAAAACAAGGCAGAGCCGUAAAGACCGAAGGACAGGACUUCGGUCUCGCCUGGACACAAUUGAUGAGGGUGAAGCGUCUGUGGUUCCUCCGUUUAGAGAGGAGCGACUUCUCGACCCCGGCACUGAUCCCAGACUGGGCACUAUACCGCCUAAAGGCAGCCUCAUAUUCCAAGGAUACACCGUCCUCAUAACGGACUCGGGUGCAAGCAAAUCUAGAUGCUUCAAUCAGGAGAGUGACGAUGAAGACGACAUUCCGCCGCUGAACAGACGCCAUCUGACGGAACAGAUCCGCGCGGGCGGCGGUGUUGUCAUCAGUAAAUUCGAGGAGGCUGACCUCAUACGAGUGAGACAGGCCACCUUCAGUGGCGGAGGAAGGGAGAGCCAAGAAGGCGGACGCCUACUGCUGCUGUGCGACAAGCCGUGCCGCACCACCAAGUACAUCCAGUGCCUGCUGGUGGGCAUCCCCAUCGUCAGCCAUCGCUGGGUGAUCACAGCCUCUGAUAUGAACCAGCGGCGCGACUGGGAGAACUUCCUGUUGCCUGCUGGCGUCGACGUCGUCACCGGCGCCAUGGUUGAGCAGAGCCCCGGCGUCGUCAAGCAUACGCCUGGUGAUGCAGUCACAGCGUCCCUGGGCCGAGUGCUGGACCGGAAGACAACCAUCGUGUUGGCUGACGCGAGUAUUCCCAAGCCUGAGCUGGACCGCGCACGGCAGCUGGGCAAGCCUGUCGUGAGCAGCGCGUGGUUCAUACAGAGCGUCAUCUUUGGCUACAAACUUCCUUGCGACUUCCAUUCCUCCUUCAAACAUGAUGCCCAGCCUGAAGUCGCUGCCCUAGACAACUAGGGUAUUAAUUUCUUCCCUUAUUUACCAUCUUGAACUUGAUGGUAUCUCCCGACUCCCAGUGUGGAUUUUUAUUAAUGGGAUCAUCCAAUUCCGAUUAAAAAUCAUGCUAUCACCGCCAUAACUGACUGAACAAACUCCUCUGUAUCUUGAGAUCAAUUUUAGGCUGGUUAUAACCAACAGUAACUCUUAAUGAAAUUUUAUUAUGCCAAGGUUGAACCACUGUUUCUAUUAUUAUUGAUCCAUCACCUACACGUAUCUAGUGUACCGCUUGUUAUAUUAAUCCAUAUGGCGACGUACAACUUAUUUCGGGCUGCAGAAGUGUGCACCGUUAUUAUUGUACCGAGUGAGGUUAAAAGUGUACCUAUGCAGAGUCUGAAAAAGAUUAAAAUAGUUUCAGUUUUUAAUUUUGAAGACAUUUUUAAUUUUGAAAAAUGUUAUUACAGGCGUUAUAAAUGAUGGCAGACAUUUUUGUUUUAUGACUUUUAUCAAGUUGUAACUUUUUUUUAAUGAGGACGGAUCUACUUAUAUUUAGCUGUAAGAGUUUAAUACGGGUUUUGGUUUGGAAGGUUGAAUUUUUUAGUGGAUUCUCAUGAAUGACAUAACAUUAUUUUUACCAUUUUCUUAGGAAAUUACCAAGUUUAAGCCAUUUACAAUUUUUUUUCUCGACUGUUUUUGAUGAUUAGUUCUCUGUGACUAAUAUCUUUAUCCUUCCGUGUUUGUUUUUCUGUCGUUCAGUUUUUCCUCUAUGCCACGCGUUUCAAUUAAUUGCUGCGUUUUAGUUCAAGAAUUUUACGUAUGUCUUCUGUUACGAGGUUAGCAGUCGGCAUCUGUUUUGCCAGCGUCAGAUUCAUAUCAUUCGUGGUUGCGUGUCUAACAUUUUCACCGGUGCAGGAAAUAUCACAUUGUCCUACUUAACAGACCGUUAUUGCUUUUAAUAAAUCGUGCUGCGUUAUCGCUGUAGGCCUGUAGCAUCAAUACGUAACAGGACACACAUUAAUCUAAUUUCGACAGAAGGUUUGUUCCCCAGCAUUUUUUCUGAAAGGUGAACUCUGAAUUGAUUACCGACAAGAUGAUCUGAGGUAUCCAAGAACAAUUGAAUUAUAUUCCUCCAUUUUUUCAUCUUUAUUCGUUUGAAUAAUUUAUUUUUUCGUUCCUGGUCCCUGAUUUUCUUGAGCCACUUUACGAGGGUAAAUUAAAUUAUAUCGAUUGAGUUACCAACACGUGUGAAGAUUGCUUGCAACAGCAUCAUAAGUUGGAAGAUUAUUCAGUGCUGCCAGCAUCAUAAAUUGGAAGAUAAUUCACCGCUGCUCAGUAAAUAAUUUAUUAACCAAGUAACUAAGACGGUCAACGCUUCGUCAUUAGCGCGUACACACAUAACAGGGCAUUCAUGAGUAGACCAAUGUUUACAAUUGUGCUUCUUGUAGACCCAUAGUAAUUAUUGCAUUUUUAUUUACUAAAGAAAAUUUGCAGCAGUCAUUUUAUUAUCUACUCUAAUCCUUCAUUUAUAAUCGAUUGAAAAUUUUUAAUUGAUUAUCGUUUAAAAAAAGAAAUUUGAGUUUUAUUCGAAUCCAGUGUGUGUGAAGACCAGCAGAAAAUUUAAUGUAAAAAUUUCUCUGUUAGUGUAGAAUUUACUUAACCAAUAAAACCUGAAAAAUACUUGUAGUGCAGUUAGCUGUAAAUAAGAAUAAGUGAGUUGUAUUUAAUCCUCAAGACAUGUAUAUACUCAACAUUGGUGUCUUAGUGAAGAAAUGAAUAUGGGACUGAAGUCCCUUACGUAUGUACAACUAUAGUAAGCUCAGUGUGUCGUCUUUAACGUGCUUAUUACGUUCGUGAUUCUCCGGGUUUUUCGAUGCUAUUUAAUAAGUUUUUGAAUUCUGUGGAUGUAUGAUUUGCAAUUAAAUUAGCGGCUAAGUGUGUAGUUGAUUGUAAUGGAAAUGAAUUAUUUGAUGAUUCUGCACUUUAAAUGACUGGUCACUCCCCCACCUUAUGACCUAAAUCCUGUAAGAUUUUCUUCCAGUUUUUCUGUUGUUACCUGUGAUAGCGUUUGCGAAUUGAUCGCUUUUAUGUUAACAUUAUCUGGAAUAUCCUUAGAAAAAAAUUAUUCCUUCUUCCAUAAAAUAGGGUAGAGUUUUUCAAAUCUGCGAAUUUUUUUGGCCAAAUCCUGAUAAACCAAAAUCUCUGCUUUUCCUGUUGGGUUCACUCUAGUCCAGACUUGGUCUAAUGAGCCAAUCUCGAUUGUAUUUAAGAAGUGCCGUCUGAUCUUUAAUGCUUUCUAGGUUCGACUCUAAAAAUGCUUAGGAUGUACCAACUCUGAUGAACGUCAGAAAAAUUCGGUACAAGUCUUCGAUCAUUUGUUUAAUUUUUUUUAUUACUUUUUGAUGGAUAUUUAUUUUUGGCAUUAUGAAGACUGAAGCUCGCGCUUGAUUAAUUUCAUAGAAAAGGCAGUUUCAAGCAGGUUUCGUUCCGUCAUCAAGAUUUGUUUUAAUAGAAGAUGAGGAGAGGAAGGGCCAGACAUUUCUGCGUAUUAUAUUGUGUUCUGAAUAAGAACUGACACGCAGCAUUCAGAUUUCUUUCGAUUUGUUUUUACAGUAUUUCUAUUCGGAAUACCUUUAUGUUGCCAAGGGAGUUCAUGUUGCAUUUCCUUUUUGGUUCAGUUAGUAAGUGUUGCUUAAAUUUCCCUCGAUUUGAUGUGAGCUUCGUACCCUGUAGUUAAUUUUCGAGGGUUUGCCCGGGACCGGUAAUGUUGGAAUGAAGUUGUUCAAUCUUAGAUCUCUUCCCGGAUUAGUUUCAAAUUCAUGUAUUGUAUUCUUGGGAAUCGUUAUUAACCUGAAAACGUCCAAUUGAAGUAAAAAUUCUACGAAAUGUGCAAUGUUAUGAAAGUGCCGUCACAUUACGGCUCAUUCCAAGUCUGUUAACGCUGCAACUCAAUUAAUUAAUUUGAACUGAUCCAAGAGCGUAGAAUUUAGUGCAAUUCUGUCAAGCGUUAAAGAACGGACUCCAAAUUUUCUAGACCGAGAUCCUAUGUUUUUUUCUCGUAGACCUUAAAUGUUGAGAACUAGAACGUUCAAUUAUCACGAAUUUUAUUUUUAAUUGAUUCAGCAAUUGAAGUUUCCUUCGUUAAAUGAACUUGUAAAUUUCUUAUAUAUCUUCUAACGGACGCGGGGCUUUAACCUGUUGGAUAGACGUAGCUCACUGUUUGUGUAAAGGAAAUGACGGGGGAAAAAUAUUUGUUUAUUAAUUACCUUCUUUAACCCACCAAUGACCGUUGGGUGCUCGGUGGCUAAACUCCCCUCAAUGGCUGUAGCAACGUAGAAACCAUGCCCCCAAGGAGCAAUAGUUACGCUAAGUUGUCUCGUAGUUACGCUAAGUUGUCUCGUAGUUACGCUAAGUUGUCUCUCGUAGUAAAGCGCCCGUGAUAAGGCGCUUUAGUUUAGACUUAAAAUUAUUGCUAAUAUUAUCAUUAAUUAAUGUGCUUAUUAUUAUGUGUUGUGUGGUGCGCCCUCAGUUUCAUCGUUCAUAUCCACGCAUUUCGCAUUUGUUAUGUGUUUACCGUAUAAAUACUUGAAGGAAGUGCAAGGUUUCUACUUAUGGUCAUCACACGUGGUACGUCGUAUUUGUUCUGUAUUUACCGUAUAAAUGCUUGAAGGAAGUGCAAGGUUUCUAUUUAUGGACAUUAGACGUACGUCGUAUUUGUUCUGUAUUUACCGUAUAAAUACUUGAAGGAAGUGCAAGGUUUCUAUUUAUGGACAUUAGACGUACGUCGUAUUUGUUCUGUAUUUACCGUAGAAAUACUUGAAGGAAGUGCAAGGUUUCUUUCUACUUAUGGUCAUCACACGUACGUCGUAUUUGUUCUGUAUUUACCGUAUAAAUACUUGAAGGAAGUGCAAGGUUUCUACUUAUGGUCAUCACACGUACGUCGUAUUUGUUCUGUAUUUACCGUAUAAAUACUUGAAGGAAGUGCAAGGUUUCUAUUUAUGGUCAUCACACGUACGUCGCAUUUGUUCCGUAUUUACCGUAUAAAUACUUGAAGGAAGUGCAAGGCUUCUACUUAUGGUCAUCACACGUACGUCGCAUUUGUUCCGUAUUUACCGUAUAAAUACUUGAAGGAAGUACAAGGUUUGUACUUGUGGUCAUCAAUUGGGGCUUUUCAACGCAACGUUCACUCAGCCUCAUUAUUGCAGCGGGUGAAAGCAUGCCUACAUUUUAUCAUUGCACUCGCUGCUGCUUUCUUAUUAACAAACAAUCCUCAUGAUCAUUCAUAUGGAUCAAACUGUAAAUUGAUCAAAUUUAUCAAAAAUCUUUCUAGCGUCUGCAAAUAAUCGGAAUUUUAAUUUGUUCUUGAAAGCUUAUUAGUACGUUUGUGUUGAAUGGAACCCUCCUGAGUAUCAAAUGUUGUGCCGCAAGUCAAUCUCUCAAAUAUGAGACUUCAGGAAGACUUGUUACUAUGUGCCAUAUUCGACUUGAAUGACUUCUCGGUCGUGAUAGUAAGUCAAGACUACCUCCUGCUCUUUGUUGUCUACGCUCGUGUUGCAUUCUAGCGACGCUGAUGGCCUGCGUCUCAACAUAUUUCUCGACUUCGCUGAGCUUCUCAUAUGGUCAUGUAGAAAUGUUCGCGUAUGUGCACUUCUGCAGUGUUGGGCAUUAAUUUACGAAGUAGUUAGUUUUGUGGAGUUUCACUUGUUGAACACUAACUAUUAUUAUCAAAUUGGUCUUGUAACUCAUCCUGAUUGACGAAUGAUCCUAUCGAAUUCAUGAUUAUAGAUAGAGCUUUGACACUGAUUCGUAUUUCGUUGCCGAUUUCUAGGGAUAUGGGUUUUUCAAUCAUCCUUUGUUAUAAAAUUAUUAUUUUCGUCAAACUCCAAACAUGUUUCUUGAUUGACGAGAAACGCUGUUCAGAAACAAUUCGAGAUGAAGAUCAGCUGCGCCGACAGCUGGAUUUGAAAGUGGAAUGUAUGCAGGUAAUGUUUUUUUUUAUUUCUUCUUUUAAUUCCUGCUUCCUUCAGAUCGACAUCUUUCCCAAUCACUCGAUGGAGAUCAGAGCAUGACUCCUAAUUUCAUUAUCCAACCCCUAAUUUUUUUAACGAAAAAGUUGCCAUUGCUACUCUUCUAUAGAAGUACCCGUUAAAAUGAGUAUUCGGAAGGCGCAAUUUGUUGAACAGGACUUGCGGAAUAACGCCAAUUUUAAAAAUUGCGCACAUAUUUCAGUGUGUAAUUGUGGCGGGCAAAUGCUACGAAUAAUUGAAAGCUUGCUUUAUUCUUGUUGCCGCCCGUCCCCAUCGCCGGUACGCCCUUGCGUUGUGGUGCAUUCGUUCGAAAACCUAACGUGCGUACGCCAUGAAAUUCAGGUACUAAGUUAUGAAGCGCUUUUCAAAUUUUUUUCGUUUCUUGCUUUACUAAAUUUGAGAAAAGCAAAGAAGCUCGGGUUACGUAACACCUCUGAAAUGUUUUUCUGAGGUGCAGACGUUCUAGACACACUUUAUAUUUUUACCUCGGAUCCGAGACUUUGAUUUUGUGUUAUAAUUUGACUUUUUGAUUUGAAAUUGAAGAAAUUCGGGGUCAACUUUUUUCUUCACUUGGUAACGUGUACAAGUCAUGUGUCCUGAAUGCCUGCUUCUCAUGUGAUGCUUCAGCUCCAUUUUCUCUUAUGUUCAUAACUUUAUAUUUGCUACCUAAACUCCUAAAGUAAACUGUAGCUUACUUUUUUAUUUGUGUUUAAUUUCCCCUUUUUGUAGUUUUCCUUAUCCCAGAGUUUUUUUAGUGCAUGUUUCAUGCGCUUAUAUUAUGUACUUGCUUAUCCCUUUGGUGAAUGCCAACUUAGUUUACUUUUCUGAACUAACUUGUAAAAUCUUACUACCACGACGCGAUUUAUAUCUGCACGUUCCAAUUAUAUUGCCAAUUCGUACAGAAUUUGUUGGCUGCACACAACAACGUACGGUGGUAAGACUGGAGAGUCACGAGGAGGACAAGUGAUGCAUUGCUUACAUUGAGUGAUAAGCUUUGAUUUCUGAAUACAAAGGCACAAUUAACUUCAGUUUGUUAUGUGGCGUCAGCUGCUGUAAAUAGUGAAGCCCCUGGUUGUAUAUAUGUUUUGAAGCAAAUGUAUAUAACUUUCGGAGCCAUAACUGUUUUCAUGAGCAUUUAAAAAAUACCAAUUAAAGGUGCAAUUUUGAUCAAUGUCGGCUUGUUUUUGUAAAUACGUCAGGCACCGGAAAAAUAUCAGCUUUCGAAUUAAGUAGAUUUAGCGUAACGUAAAGUAGAACUUGUGAUGUAGAAAUGACGUUUGGUUCCUCCAGUGACCUUUGGCUUCAUUCUUCUCGUAUUUUGAGGAUGUGGACCAUUUUUCUGCAAGUAUAUCUAAGCAUCGUACAAUUCAGAGUAACCGCUUGUUUAUCAAGUUUAUUUUCAUUGAGGCCUACUUAUGUACGUGAUGUAGAAUAUGUAUUAUGUCAGUGAAUGCGGGUAGUGUUGUGCUGUAAUGUUUAGCUCCGUUCGAGAUCAAUUUCCUCGCUUCUUUUUCUUAUCAAAUUCCUCGACCCAAAUUUACAUCAAACUGUAAGCGAAAGUAUACCUGAUACCUUAAAUGUCGUCUGGCGAACUGGAUUCUCGAAGAGUUCCAAGCAUUUACUGUUUUUAUUUGUAGCUUUGAACAUAUCGCUUAAUUGUUCCAUGCAGUACACAGUAAAUAAAAUGCUCUUGCUUUG